CACACACUGGCAGAACAAACACUCACAAACACACACAUGCCAUGCUGGCUUUCCUCUUCCUCCUAUUCCUCUCCUUCUUACCGGCAGCACAAGAUACUCUUCAAUGGACCAACGAUUGAUGGGCGCACUCCUUAACGCACACCGUCACAACGCAAAUAAAUAAAUAAACUAACCGAGGAUGACAGGGCACAAUGCUGUUCACACGGUCACACCAGAGUAAGAAUGAAUGAGUGGAUGGAUAUGUAGCCCAGCGUUGAAGUUCUGAGAAGAUAAAAACAAAAAAAGUAUUACACAAAAUGAACCCAUCAGGUACCAGCGACAACCUUCUGGGGUCUGAGGGGGGUGCUCCUCCGGAGUUCCGUCUCCCAGACUCAGACCCAGGGGGUGCUGCCCCCCCAGAGAGGGCUGCUGCGGGCUCCAGGUGGGGGUUCGUGGGGCCCGCUGCAGAGGAGGAGAUCACGGGGGACCCGUGUAGCUCUCCAGAGAGCUGCAGUGAGGAAGACGGUCUCCCGGUCCCAGGGGAGAAGGAGAAGUUCCCGCAGCUGAUGGAGGUGGACGACCGGCCGCCCGAGGAGAGAGCACGGCUGAGGGAGCAGUGGCAGAAGCAGAGGACGUCCUCGAUCUUGUCUGUCCUGACCAUGGGCUGCCUGCGGACCGAGAAGCCCCCCAUGGACUCUAACAACCAGGAGGAGCUGGCGCCCGACAGCCCCGUAUGCCGCUUCAGGCUGGAACCAAUCCCUGCCAAUGACGAAGAAAGGUUUGACAUCGACAAACUGUUUGAAAUUGUAGCGAGCGGUGAUGUUGAGAGGCUGCAUGGACUGAAGGACUACUUGCAUAAGACCAUGAAACUGCUCUCUCACUCACUGUAUCAGUCCCAUGGGAAGACAACCCUGAUGAAGGCUCUGCUGAACGUGAGCAGUGGCCAGAAUGAGAUAGUGGACUGCCUGUUGAACAUUGCAGAGGACAUGGGAGACAUCAAGAAGCUGAUAAAUUUGUCCUACACAAGCUCCUACUAUAAAGGUCAAACGGCUCUCCACAUUGCCAUCGAGAGAAGGAACACGUAUUAUGUGAAGAAGCUGGUGGAGAAGGGAGCAGACCUCCACGCCAAAGCCUGCGGGAAACUGUUCCAGCCCGACAGCUCUGAGCCCAGCUUCUACUUUGGGGAGCUGCCUCUGUCCCUGGCUGCCUGCACCAACCAGCCUGAGCUGGUGGACCUCCUGCUGGGCGCGUCGGCCAGCGUCGUGGAGAAGGACUCCCAUGGCAACACGGUGCUGCACGCCCUGGUGAUGGUGGCGGAUGACGACAGCCAUCACAACACCAGGUUCAUCAAAGCCAUGUAUGACCACAUCCUGCUCGCCACCGCCAAGGUCAACACGGACUGGAGGUUGGAGUCCAAAGAGAACAAGGAGGGGCUGACCCCCCUGAAGCUGGCCGCCAAGACGGGCAAGGUGGAGCUGUUCAAGCACCUCCUCCAAAGGGAGUUCAAGAACAAGGACACAAAGCACCUGUCCCGCAAGUUCACCGAGUGGGCGUAUGGACCCAUCAGCUGCUCCCUGUACGAUCUGGACUCCCUGGACACCUACGAUGACGACAGGUCCAUCCUGGAACUGGUGGUGUAUGGCAGCGACAACCCUAGGCGUAUGGACCUGCUGCAGGUGGAGCCUCUGUGUGGCCUGCUGAACGAGAAGUGGAACCAAUUCGCAGGCCGUCUCUUCCUGCUCCACUUCCUGGUCUACCUGCUCUACCUCGGGGCCUUCACCACCAUCGCCUACAACAAGAAAGACAUGCAUCCAUUCCAAUCAGUGAAGACCGCCAGAGGAUACAUGUACAUUGUCUUUCGUCUGAUUACAGUCAUAGCAUCAAUUUACUUCUUCCUCCGAGGGAUCGUGGACUUGAUGAGAAAGCGCCCAAAACUAAGCACAUUCCUGAUAGAUGGCUACUAUGAUGUCUUGUUCUCCACUCAGGGCUUGCUGUUCCUGGUGUCUGCGGCUCUGUACCUGGUCAGCUGCUCAGAGUAUCUGGGCUUCAUGAUUCUCAGCAUGGUGUUGGGCUGGGUCAACCUUCUCUACUUCACCAGGGGCCUGAAACGCAUAGGCGUCUACAGCGUCAUGAUACAGAAGGUCCUCACUGGUGACAUCAUCCCCUUCUUCCUCAUCUACGUCGUCUUCCUCUCUGGCUUCUCCGCAGCCAUAGUCACCAUGCUCACAGACCAGCCCCAGUGGAUGGGGGAGGAGUCGGAGCCUCCGUCCUGCACUGUGGAGGCGGACUGCAAGGGGCCGGACUUCAGGGACAUCACCUACACCGCCCUGGAGCUCUUCAAGCUCACCAUCGGGAUGGGAGACCUUCACUUCAGCAAGGGCUAUAAGUACGAGGAGUUGCUGUACCUGCUGCUGAUUGGGUACAUUGUGCUCACCUACGUCCUGCUCUUCAACAUGCUCAUCGCCCUGAUGAGUCACACGGUGGAGGAGACCGCCAAGGAGAGCACCCGCAUCUGGAAGCUACAGAGAGCCAUCACCACGCUGGACCUGGAGUGGGGCCUCCCUCGGUGUGUGAGGAGCAGGCUACGGUCCGGGGUGGAGAAGGACCUGUCUGGGGGCGGCAUGGCCAACGAACGGGGCAAGCGCUGGUGCUUCAGAGUGGAGGAGGUGGACUGGAGCGAAUGGAGGGUCAAUCUGGGGAACAUUAGGGAGGAGCCCAUGUCUACACCGAAAACACCAACAGCACCACCAGCUCCCGUGGACAAAAUAGGGAGCAGUAUUUCAUUCCAUCUAGCCUUGGCCAGGAAAUGUUCCCCCAUGCAGAAGAAUCCGAAAUGUCCUGUGGCUGUUCCGUCAGAGAUCAUCAAAAGAACAACAGCUGGAGAAUGAAGCAUAACAUGAAUGCCUGGUCGCUGGGGUUGUCAUUCACUAUACAUUUAAAUCAUAAUCAAAAAAUCUUUUACUGCUCUGUCUAUUAUGAAAGUUGAAUCAUUGAAGUAAGACUUGGGAUUUCAAAUCAUCGUAAAGAGAACAAUGAAAUUAUAUCUGCUUUAUAUGCUCAAAAUGCAAUGUUACCUUCUGUUAACCACAGUGGCUGUUAAAUGGCAUUCAAAAGCCACUUUGCAAAGAACUGUAUAACUGAUGUAACCUGAAUGUCCCCACAAAUCUCUGUCUGCUGGAUGUUUGAUCGGCAGUUUUUCCUCAAAAGAUCUGGGUCACAGCACUAGAUGUAUCCUCCCCUUUCUUGCUCAAAUCCCAGCAGACUGAAGAGACAGCUGGACAACUUCUCCCAGGCUUCACAGAAUUUAUUUCGCUGAGCUGUUAAAAAAAGCCAUUCAUUUGACUGGUGGGGAUCUGUAACUAUACAGCUCCUGCACAGCCUAUCAGCAGGGCCAAAGGGCAAUGUACUUUUUACAUUGUGCUCGUGUAGUUUUGUUUUUGUUUCAGAAUUAAAAGUUAAUUCAUUCUAUCAUAGAUGAUAAACAACCUGUUUGGACAAAUGUAUUUUCUGCUUCUCCGUGUUACAUAAGCUAACAAACUUAACAAGCUAAAUUCACCCAACCAAACAGAAAAAAAGGCCGCCAAUUUACUGACAUAACGUGACAAUACCAUGGACCUAUUAAAGAUUUACCACUCUUUCAA